GGACCCAAGUUAGGACCAAACCGGGUUCGAUUGAUGAGUUAGAGAUUUAGUUCGGUUUAGAAGAGGAUAAUCGCCGUUGCUGACGUCACCGCCGGUAAUCAACCCAUCAUAAAAUCCGAUUUCUCUUCGCUCCUAUCCUUUAUCCUAAGCCUCUCCUUCUCCUCCUCCUCCGCGCACGUUAGCCUCUCUCCCUCCCUCCUUUCCAAUGGACACGACGCCGGAGACUCAAUCGAAAUCCCAAUCGCAGAGCGGCGGCGGCGGCGGAUCGCACCGUCUCCCGCCGGGACGCGAGGACUGGUGGAGCGAGGACGCGACGGCGACGCUGAUCGAAGCCUGGGGAGACCGAUACGUCCACCUCAGCCGCGGAAACCUCCGGCAGAACGACUGGAAAGAAGUCGCCGACGCCGUCAAUUCUCGCCACGGCAACGGCCGGCCGAAGACCGACGUGCAGUGCAAGAACCGGAUCGACACGCUGAAGAAGAAGUACAAGACGGAGAAGGCGAAGCCUUCUUCGUCUUGGUGCUUCUUCGAGAGGCUCGAUUUCCUAAUCGGCCCCGUCGCGCUGAAGAAAUCCACCGGCGGCGCCGGAGCUCUGAAGUCGCCGUUGACGAAGCCUAUUUCAAGUGAAAGCUCUCUUGACGACGAUGACGACGAUGAUGAUGAUGAUGACGUGGAGGGUGAUUGGGGGUUUGUGGCGAGGAAGCAUCGGAGAGUGGAGGAUGAAGAUCUCUGUCCAGAUCCGAGGGAAGGAUCGUCGUGUAGGGAGCUAGCGAGAGCGAUUCUGAAGCUAGGAGAGGUGUACGAGAGGAUCGAAAGUGCGAAGCAGGGGAUGAUGAUUGAGUUGGAGAAGCAGAGGAUGGAAGCUGCCAAGGAGAUUGAGUUACAACGUAUGAACAUGUUGAUGGAUAUGCAGAUGGAGCUUGAGAAGUCUAAGCUUGGGAAACGUAGAGCUGCUGCUUCAGGUAAGAAGUUGUAGUAUUUAGAUUGUGGAGAAGCUAUACUGUGUUGAAGCAAGGAGCAAUGGUUGGAUCUGAGAGCUCAUAUAAAUUGGAGAAACUGUUAUUAUUCUUAAUCCCUAGGUUUCAAGUUAGAUCAAUGCUGCUUUUCUUCUUCUUUUUCUUCUUCUUCUUUUACCUUCUCUUCUCUACCAUUGUAGGGUACAUUGAUAGCAAUGCAGAUUGGUGAAAGAAAUGUAGUAAUCUGACAUAUCAAGAUGUACUUUUGUGAAGUAUUAAUGUAUGAUGGCUUGUCAUUUGUGCAAUUA